GUGGGAUUGGGUAGCUCAUAGCAGGGCUGGUUCCUUCCUGGUCCUGGAUGCAGGCAGGCGCACACUCACCCACUCCUAAAAGGAAAUUCCAAUAGGUUGGAGAAAUUAUAUUCAUCCGUUCACCAGCUAGCUAACAUGCGCCUUCACAAAGUUUGCCCCCGCUUUUCCUUCCUUCAUUCACACAAGCAUCCUCUCCUUCUCUCCUCUUCACCGCGCUUUCUCUCUGUAAAACUAAAAUCGACUCUCCCUCCAUCCCCUCUAUUCUUCAAGCCGAAGUCAUCAGUUGCCGUUGGGGCGCGGACGAUGACGUUCCGCAGCGCUGUUGCCAUGAACGCCGCCGCCGAGAGCUUGGGUGGCGCCACCAAUUCUUCUCCAUCCACCGUUGACUAUGAAGAAUUAUCAGAGGGAAAUGGAUAUAGACUUCCUCCACCAGAGAUCAGAAAUAUUGUUGAUGCUCCGCCCCUUCCAACACUAUCAUUUUCACCUGGUAGGGAUAAAAUACUCUUCCUCAAAAGGAGAUCAUUGCCUCCUCUGGAAGAAUUGGCAAGGCCUGAGGAGAAGCUUGCUGGAAUUCGCAUUGAUCCCAAAUGUAAUUCCCGGAGUCGAAUGUCAUAUUAUACAGGGAUUGGAAUCUACCAGAUAAUGGAGGACUGUACAUUGGGACCUGAAAAAGAAGUACAUGGUCUUCCAAGUGGUGCAAAAAUCAAUUUUGUUUCGUGGUCAAAUGAUGGUAGCUAUCUGGCCUUUGGUGUUCGAGCUGAUGAGGGAACCCUUGAACUGGAGGAUGCCAGCCGUAGCCUGAUAAGAUUGUGGAUAGCAGAUGUUGAGACUGGAAAAGCAAGACCCCUUUUUCAGGCUCCAGACAUUUUUAUAAAUGCAGUUUUUGAAAACUUUGUGUGGUUGAACAACUCAACACUGUUGGUUUGUACUAUUCCUCUAUCUCGAGGAGAUCCUCCAAAGAAACCUUUGAUUCCUUCUGGUCCUAAAAUUCAAUCUAAUGAACAGAAGGAGGUCAUUCAAACAAGAACAUUUCAAGAUCUUCUCAAAGAUGAAUUUGAUGAAGAUCUAUUUGAUUACUAUGUAACCUCUCAACUUGUUCUGGUAUCUUUAGAUGGAUCAACGAAGCCAAUUGGAACUCCAGCUAUAUAUACUUCUCUUGAUCCAUCUCCAGAUGAAAAGUACAUUAUGAUUGCCUCAAUGCACCGACCAUACUCAUUUAAUGUACCUUGUGGGAGAUUCCCUAAGAGGGUUGAUCUUUGGACUGCUGAUGGGAAUUUUCUGAGGAAACUUCUUGAUUUACCUCUUGCUGAGAAUAUUCCAAUUGCACAUAACAGUGUUCGAAAAGGAAAGCGUUCACUUCAAUGGAGAGCAGAUAAGCCCUCAACACUUUUCUGGGUUGAGACACAGGAUGGUGGUGAUGCCAAGAUAGAAGUCUCUCCACGUGAUAUCAUUUACACACAACCUGCAGAGCCACUUGAAAAUGAGCAGCCGGUGGUUUUGCAUAAACUUGAUUUUCGCUUUGGAGGAAUCUCUUGGUGUGACGAUUCUCUUGCAUUAGUUUAUGAGUCUUGGUAUAAGACACGGAAAAUACGAACAUGGGUUAUUUCACCUGGAUGUGGGAGCACGAGUCCGCGCUUACUGUUUGAUCGGUCUUUUGAAGAUGUUUACUCAGAUCCUGGUUCUCCGAUGUUCCGAAGAACUCCCUUUGGGAGUUAUGUGAUUGCAAAGAUCAGGAAGGAUAACGAUGAAGGAACAUACAUCUUAUUAAAUGGAAGCGGUGCUACCCCACAAGGAAAUGUUCCAUUUUUGGAUGUAUUUGAUAUAAAUACAGGUAAUAAAGAACGAAUAUGGGAGAGUGACAAGGAACAGUUUUAUGAAACUGUUGUUGCUUUGAUGUCUGAUCAAAAUGAUGGGGAUAUACAUCUUAAUCAGUUAAAAAUACUAACUUCUAAAGAAUCCAAAACUGAAAACACCCAGUAUUACAUGCUACGUUGGCCAGAAAAGAAGCUGUGUCAGAUUACCAAUUUUCCUCAUCCUUACCCCCAGUUGUCUUCAUUAAAGAAAGAGAUGAUCCGAUACAAUAGGAAGGACGGGGUUCAACUUACUGCAACUCUAUAUCUUCCACCUGAAUAUGAUCCUGCAAGGGAUGGACCUCUUCCCUGUUUAAUGUGGUCUUACCCUGGAGAGUUCAAAAGUAAAGAUGCAGCUGGACAAGUUCGCGGCUCCCCAAAUGAGUUUUCCAGCAUUGGUUCGACUUCUCCCUUACUUUGGCUAGCAAGAAGGUUUGCCAUCCUGUCAGGGCCAACCAUUCCCAUCAUUGGAGAGGGUGAUGAAGAGGCAAAUGAUAGAUAUGUGGAGCAACUUGUUGCAAGUGCAGAGGCUGCUGUUGAAGAAGUUAUUCGGAGGGGAGUUGCUCAUCCAAACAAAAUCGCUGUUGGUGGCCAUUCAUAUGGGGCUUUCAUGACUGCAAAUCUCCUUGCUCGUGCACCACAUCUCUUCUGCUGUGGUAUUGCUCGCUCUGGAGCAUACAACAGAACACUUACACCAUUUGGCUUUCAGAAUGAGGAUAGGACACUUUGGGAUGCCUUAACUACCUAUGUUGAAAUGAGCCCGUAUAUGUCAGCUAAUAAAAUAAAAAAGCCUAUCUUGCUCAUCCAUGGAGAAGAAGACAACAAUUCUGGAACCUUGACUAUGCAGUCAGAACGUUUUUACAAUGCACUGAAAGGUCAUGGUGCACUUUGUCGGCUGGUUAUUCUUCCAUUUGAGAGUCAUGGUUAUGCUGCAUGGGAAAGUGUGAUGCAUGUCCUCUGGGAAACAGACAGGUGGCUGCAAAAGUAUUGUGUGGCCAAUUCAUCAUCAUCAGCCGAAGAUCCUAAUUCAGGCAAUGAAAACAUUGACAAAGGCAUUUCAGAUACAGAGGAUAAGGCUGUAGGUGCUGCUGCUGGAGGAGUUGCAGAGCAUCAAGAUCAUGAAAUCGAUGAAGUACACACCAUGCGCAGGUCUUCGUUAUGAUACAUACACAUACAUACGAUUGGGACAGGGACACCCAAGUUGCAAAUGGAUCAACAACUGGAGUGGCAUUAAACCCUGUGUUAGUAGGUGAUGCGAUUGAUGUAUGAACAUAUUAUUCUCAACAACUAUUUGUACCAAAUAAUUGAUGCAUUCUUCUUAAAAUGAUUUGGCCUGAGUCUAUUGUUUGCAGGAUUUUCUUCUAAA